CAAAAUGGAAGGCGUACUUUGAUUGGUCUUCAUUUGAAUGGUACACAUGAAACGGCGAUUGUUAUUGGUCGAUUCGAACCUACCGCUCGUGAAUUUGCGAAAUAUUGCGAGGAACGUGGAAAGGCCUUUAGCUAGGAAGACAACCCUAUAAAGAAACAAUUAUUUGAAGUAAGCCUGUGAUAUCAACACUUUGAGUUAUGGAGGACUACAACAAGAUCGAGAAAAUCGGAGAAGGUACAUAUGGUGUCGUGUACAAGGGCCGCCAUAAGAAGACCAAUCGCCUGGUGGCUCUCAAGAAGAUCCGUCUCGAAAGUGAAGAGGAAGGUGUACCCUCCACAGCCAUCAGGGAAAUCUCCCUACUGAAAGAACUCACACACCCCAACAUUGUCUGCCUGGAAGAUGUGCUGAUGCAGGAGAACAAGCUGUACCUGGUGUUUGAGUUCCUCUCCAUGGACCUGAAGCGGUACAUGGACACCAUACCCAGUGGCCAGUACAUGGACAAGAUGCUUGUCAAGAGCUACACAUACCAGAUCCUCCAGGGCAUCCUGUUCUGCCACCAGCGGAGAGUGCUCCACAGGGAUCUCAAACCACAGAACCUGCUCAUUGACAGUAAAGGAACCAUCAAACUAGCUGACUUUGGUCUCGCCAGGGCCUUUGGCAUUCCAGUUAGAGUGUACACACAUGAGGUUGUGACGUUGUGGUACCGUGCGCCGGAGAUUCUCCUGGGCUCCCCACGCUACUCAACGCCUGUUGAUGUCUGGAGUAUAGGAUGCAUAUUUGCUGAAAUGGUAACAAAAAGGCCAUUGUUCCACGGAGAUUCAGAAAUUGAUCAGCUUUUCAGGAUAUUCAGGACGCUGACAACACCGACAGAGGACACAUGGCCAGGAGUGAGUAACUUGCCAGAUUACAAGCCCACAUUCCCUGCCUGGAAGUCCAACCAGCUUGCCGGCUCCGUCAAACAACUCGACAACAUGGGACUAGAUCUCCUCCAGAAAACCCUGGUGUAUGAUCCCGCUGCAAGAAUCUCUGCCAAGGACGCCCUGAACCACCCCUACUUCAAGGACUUGGACAAGUCUGUGUUGCCGGCAGCUGCCCAGCACGCCUCAUAGUCCCUCUCACAAGGCGUGAGAGACGGGCGACAACCGACCGACUGACUGACUUGUGAAUGACUUGCAUCACAUGAUGCUACCUGCUCCUUGUGUUCCAGGCAUCUGUGAGAACAUCACCAACCCGAAAGGCAGCAACAGUGGCCUGCUCUCGGCGGCGCGAAAUCUAUGAAAUUGCAUAUAAGAAGAGUGCGAACAUGGUGUACCGUAUUUGGGGACAGCUGUUAAGCAGUAUUUUGUUGUGAAAAUAAUAAACAAGAUAUGCUGUUACUCUGGAAAAGUGCUAUGGGAAAUUUAGAAUUGAGGUAAAGUAGCAGCAGCAGCCGCAACAAGUCUGAAAAUGGGAAUUGAUGUUUUGUGGGGACUUUGGUUAACAUGGUUAAGGGUUUCUGUGUUAACACAGGGUAGACCCUUGGGGUGAAUCGAUACAGCAAGGUCACGAUACAUAGGUCACGAUACAUAGGUCACGAUACAUAUCGCAACCUAUGCAUAGUCACGUCAAAUUGUGUGGAAUCUUCUUGACUAUAAAUAUUUAAGAGCAGGUUAAAAAGGAAAAGCUAGCUGCAGACAUGUUCGUAGUGGCUAUUUUUAUUAUGGAACUUGAAACGCUAAUUACAAUACAUUUUACGAUAUUUGACUGACAAACACUGUGGGAGUAUAUUAAAAGAGUAGUAAAUAAUCUAUUUUUUAUCCAGUGUAUCAUCCUGUAUCGAUACAAAACAAAUGUAUCGUGUAUCGUUUCACCCUGAGUAGACCCAUUGCAAGAUGUGCUCAAGUAUUCCCUUUGUUGUGAUUAUGUCUGGGGAUGUUACUGUAUGCUGUAUACCUCGUAGAAUGAAGUCUGAAAGGUGUUAGUGUGCUACAGUAUUUUUACACUUUCAGACAUAUCAGGAUAUAUGGUACUGUGUGUCACAGCUUGAGUGAAGUACGUGUUGUACUAGUUCAGCAUUUACCAUUAAUUCAUUCAUUAUUGAAUCAGGUCUCAUUUUAACCAAAUCUGUAAUUUCCACAUGUCACUAAUUAUAUCAUGACAUUGUUGACCUUUCCACUCUGUGAGCUCCAUGUGUAUGGAAGUGUGUGAGUGUCAGAGAGUUUGUCGAGUGUGGACGACCCUGAACGUCAAGUGCAAUACCUCGUCUGUCUGUCUCUCUCUGUAUUCUUCCCUCUCCUGUCUUAUCUUCCUUCCUUCAUGUAUAAAUGCCAUAACACACUCAAUAAACAAUGGUUUAUAUAUC